UAACAGGACAAAGUCAUCUGCGAUUGACUCAUUCCGUCAGAGAAAGCUGAUUGUAUCAGCCGGAGCAGAGCAAAACCAAGACACAGAAAGAGCCAAAAGAACAGAGAAAAAUGAAGAACAUCCCUUUGAUUCUGAUGGGUUGUGGAGGCGUUGGCCGUCAGCUUCUCCAACAUAUGGUAUCAUGCCGAUCACUCCACGCCAAACUGGGAAUCCAUUUGAGAGUCGUAGGAGUUUGUGAUAGUAAAUCCUUAGUUGUUGCAUCAGAUGUGUUCAGUAUGGAGUUAGGUGAUGAAAUUUUGUUGGAAGUUUGCCGGGUUAAAUUGGAUGGUUCCUCUCUAUUAACUCUUAGUGGUUCAGGUGAAUUCCAAGUAUUCGCGAAUUCGGAGAUUCCGAAAAGAAUUAUAGAUAUUGCUGCUCUCUUGGGCAAAUCAACAGGUUUGGCUUUUGUGGACUGCUCUGCCAGUUCUGAGACUAUAGGAGUGCUAAAUCGAGUGGUCGAUUUGGGUUGUUGCAUUGUCCUAGCAAAUAAGAAGCCUCUCACUUCUACAAUGGAGGAUUAUGACAAACUUGUCUCAUACCCACGUCGCAUCCGGCAUGAGUCAACUGUUGGUGCUGGCCUUCCUGUCAUAGCAUCCCUAAAUCGGAUAAUUUCGUGUGGAGAUCCUGUCCAUCGUAUUAUUGGAAGUUUGAGUGGUACAUUGGGAUAUGUUAUGAGUGAGGUUGAAGAUGGAAAGCCAUUGAGCCAAGUUGUUAAAUCUGCCAAAAGCUUGGGCUACACAGAACCAGAUCCACGUGAUGACCUUGGCGGGAUGGAUGUUGCAAGAAAGGCUCUAAUACUUGCACGACUUCUUGGCAGGCGCAUUAACCUAGAUAGCAUUAAGAUUGAGAGCUUGUACCCUGAAGAAAUGGGAUCCAGUGUAAUGUCUACUGAAGAAUUUCUUGGCAAUGCAAUUUCGUUGCUUGAUAAAAAUAUUCAAGAGAGAGUCCAUAAGGCUUCCUUGAAUGGGAAUGUGCUGCGUUAUGUCUGUGUGAUUGAGGGGUCAAGAUGUGAAGUUGGCAUUCAAGAGCUUCCGAAGAAUUCUCCGCUGGGAAGACUUAGAGGAAGUGACAAUGUGUUGGGGAUAUACAGCCGCUGCUAUAAUGAACAGCCACUGGUUAUUCAAGGUGCUGGAGCUGGCAAUGAUACUACAGCAUCAGGUGUCCUUGCUGAUAUCCUUGAUAUUCAGGAUUUAUUUCCUUGAAAUUGGGCUCUCUACCCUAUGACGGAGAAAUUAUGUGCAAAUACAUUUCUGUAGGAAUUGUUAUCCUAAAUUGUAUCCAUAUAUGUAGGUUUUGCCUAUAGAUCUGAUUUGCUGUUAAGCAUAACAAGAGUUGAUUUUCCCUUCUAAUUUUGAUCGAAAAGUGAGUAAACUGAAAAUUAUAAGAA